AUUUUGGUAAAAAAAGAAAAUAAACUAGGUGAUCUUUAUGCAAUUGACGCUAAAGAAGUGUGGGCUUCGGCCCAAAACCAAAUAGAAUUCUCUCGGCCCUUUUCCUUUACCCAUAGAAAGAGGAAGAGAGGGAGAUUAGGGACGCUUCUUUUCUCCGACCUGUCGACUCGAAUCUGUUCUUAUUUCGAUUUUGCUUAUCAUGCCGUUCUAAUAGCGCCUCCAAGAAAGGAAGUUUGGGAAACAGUAGCGGUCACCGGAAAGUGUGGAAAUAAAACGCCCCGGCGGUCUGAUUAGCUCUCCGUCCUCUGCCUCCGUUUCUUCUAUCGACGGCGUAAUUCGCUUCUGCCCAUUGAUUGCUGUUCCCCUGAAUCCCGCCACAGUCAACGGAGCCAAAUUUCCGUGUUCUUAUCGCUUACUAGCCAGUUGACGUCCGGUGACGGAGAUAGAGGGGAUUCUAGCAAUUUGAGGGUUCCGUUUAUUCAUGUCUCGCUUCUCUUCCAAGUAUAACUAGGGCAACCCUCGGGUGAAGACGUGAAGAGCGCUACUAAACUAACUUCUCAAUCGAAUCUCCAUUUCCAGGUAAAGAACCUUCCAGAUAUUUCAUUGCUUUCAACUUAAGGAUUCAUAUGAUAAAUUGAUCAUCUUCAGUAGCAUCUGAGGUCAUUGAUUUAGAAGAAAGUUUCUGAAUUAGGCUUCUUCCAAGCCACUAAUUCUGAAAGCAUUGAUUUAAUUUUGAUUAUUUGGUUUGUUAACUUCAGCAAGUUCUGUUUGGGUAUUGUGAUAUUUGGUUUGUCUUCUCCAGUUGUCUGCAAGCACAAAUUAGAAAGAUGGAUUCGUCACAGAACAUGACCGGAGGAAAUGGUGGUAAUGGCUCAUUAUCUGCACAGGCGAAUGAUACUGCUACAGCAAAUGCAUCAGCCAAUGAUCCAAAGGAGAAUCUAAACCAGGUUAUAAACUCCAUCCAGAAGAAUCUUGGCCUCAUCCACCAGCUUUACCUCACCGUGUCCUCCUUCAAUGCUGCCUCCCAGGCUCCUCUACUUCAGCGGCUCAACGGCCUCAUUACCGAGCUAGAUAAUAUGGAUAAAUUGGCUGAGAAGUGCAAUAUACAGGUUCCAAUGGAAGUUCUUAAUUUGAUUGAUGAUGGGAAAAAUCCAGAUGAGUUCACACGAGAUGUCAUAAACAGCUGCAUUGCCAAAAACCAGGUUACCAAAGGGAAAACUGACGGCUUUAAGGCUCUACGUAAGAAUCUCUUGGAAGAACUAGAGCAGGCUUUUCCUGACGAAGUUGAAUCAUACAGGGAAAUACGGGCGAUUUCUGCUGCUGAAUCGAAACGCCUUGCUCAAGCACAAAGUUCAAUGCCAAAUGGAGACGUGAAGCUUAAGCCCGAGCUUUGAGGUUGAUGUCGGUGAUGAAUAACUGUUAUCUUCAGUUCUGUUUCUUUUUUUUUUUUUUUUAACUUUCUUUCCUUUUGUUCCUUCUUCUCUGCAUUGUUACCUUAUAGAUCUGAUACUGUUCUUUAACUAAAUAGGAAUGUACUUAACAGAAAAUUCUAGGCUAGUGAUGUUGAGAAUUCAGGGGGAUUGGCGAUGAUAGUAAUGGUGGUGUUGUAACUCUUUGGUGCGACUUCCUGAUGGAUUAGUGACUAGUUCUGUGUUUUGAGUAUGAUGAUUAUAUAGCAUCCUUCAUUGGAUUGAUAGGGUGUUAUGGGUAAAUUACGACUGAUUUUUCGUAAUGACCGGGCUCGAUUGGAUGAUGAGGCAAGUGGGUCUAUUUGCUUCAUCUCAGAAUUGAUGCAUCAUUUUGAAGUAUUUGUCUCCCCUCUUUUAAUUCAAAUAAUUCAAAUCGAUGCCA